GUUAUGCCAUUAGCCAUUAAGCAGAUGAGACUUCGAUAGUCGCUCUCCGUUUAACAUUUCAGCUGUAUUCGCCAGAAAGAUGAAGGAGGAUAAAAUCUCAAAGCUUGCGAGUUUUGUAGCCUCGGUUUUGAUUUUAAUUUUCCAACCUCUUGCCCUGAUACUGCAAUUUGCUUAUGUGACGGUCUUUUCAUUAUUUGUUUGGAAGCUACCGAGAGUAUGGACCAUCAUCAAAACAUUGCCAAGAGAUCUUGGCUUAGUCAAAGUGAUGAUCAAAGUGAAGGCAGAAAACAGAAGAUUCAAGAAAUAUAACAUGUCACCCGCAUCUAUGCUCUCUGACCUAGCAAAUGACCGACCUGAUGAUGUCUUUAUUCUAUUUAAAGACCAAAUCUGGACGUACAAGCAGCUGGAUGAGCUGAGUUGGAAAGUAACGAACUGUUUUCACAAAAGAGGAUUUAAGCAAGGAGAUGUGGUUGCCCUUGUGAGCACCAACAGACCAGAAUAUGUGGCCAUCUGGGUGGGCUUAUCACGACUAGGCGUCGUCACGGCUUUGGUCAAUACGUCGCUAAGGAAAAAGGCCCUGCAGCACUCGCUCAAUAUUGUCCGUUCAAAAGCAGUAAUCGUCAGUAAUGAUCUUGUGGACGCGAUUAGCGAGAUCAAAGAUGCCAUUCCUAAUGCGUGCAAGCUGUUCAGCUUCAACGGUGCCGAUCAAAAAGCCCAGCAUUAUGAAAGCUUUGAUUUUCUGAAUCCGCUUUUAAAUGCCGAACAAGGACACCCUAUUGAGAGCCUCAGAUUUCCCAACUACGACAAUGCCCUUUUGUACAUUUUCACUUCAGGAACCACUGGACUUCCAAAAGCUGCAAUUAUGAAAACGUCAAGGUAUCUUUGCGUGGCUUUGUCGGCUAUAAACUUAGCGAAGCUUGAUUCAAAAGAUCGACUUUAUAUUCCGCUUCCAUUGUACCACUCAGCAGGAACGGUUGUCGGGUUUGGUUCUGCCUUUACCCGUGGUCUCUCGUGCGUCCUUCGAGAGAAAUUCUCAGCAUCCAAAUACUGGGAAGAUUGUUCACAAAACAAGUGCACGGUUGCGCAAUACAUCGGAGAGAUGUGCCGCUACUUGCUUAUUGCCCCUGAAACGCCCUUUGACAAGGACCAUAAAGUGGUAAAAAUGCUAGGAAAUGGGCUCAAAGAAGGUAUCUGGAAGCGGUUUUUAGACCGUUUCGCCAUUCAAAAGGUUGUGGAAUUUUACGGCGCCACUGAAGGCAAUUGCAAUAUAGUAAACAGCGAAGGAAAAAUAGGAGCGGUUGGAUUCUUACCCAUCAUUUUACCAGACUUUGCUAAUCCUUUAGCUCUUGUGAGGGCCAACGAACAAACUGGGGAGCUCACGAGGGACAAGGAUAAUUUUUGCAUAAGGUGCAAACCGGGUGAACCUGGCAUGAUCAUCGGAAAAAUUAUGAAUAGUGACGCUUCUCGACAGUUCCAUGGCUAUCUGAAUAAUGAAUCGGCGUCCGACAAAAAAGUUGCUUAUGACGUUUUCACCGAGGGAGACAAAUAUUUCAUGUCAGGAGACAUUUUGGUGAAGGACGAGUUAGGCUAUCUUUAUUUUAAGGACCGAACUGGCGACACAUUUCGAUGGAAGGGAGAGAACGUUUCAAACGUGGAAGUAGAGAAUGCUCUUGCUGAUGCGGUUGGAUUGAGAGAUAUUUGCGUGUACGGCGUGGAAAUCCCUCAAAGUGACGGACGCGCUGGCAUGGCUACCAUUGUUGAUGCCGAUUCAAGUUUGAAUUUAGACGAAUUGGCUAAGGCGCUUUCUUCGUCGCUGCCUUCCUAUGCCCAACCUAUUUUCCUGCGCAUUGCUCAGAAAAUUGACAUGACGUCAACUUUCAAGCUGAAGAAGUUCAACUUGCAAAAUGAAGGCUUUGACCCUGCAAAAGUUGGAAACGACACCCUUUACUUCCGUAGGGCCAGGUCCCUUCACUUUGAAGAGCUCACUCAGGAACUCUACGGUGAAAUUCUGAGUGGAAAAAUAAGAUUUUAAAAUAGAAAGCAUUUUAAUAUGCAUUUUCAGAGAAGACAAAGCAAAUUGAUAAUAGUUCAGCAUUUUUUGACAAAAAAAAAUCCCCUCUGCCUUAAUCACCUUAUCCCUCUGUCUGUUAAUACGAGAAUUAAAUUUACAAUAAUUCGUUUGACAUCGCGAACCCUCAAUUAUUGAUGGUUUAAAAUAAUUUAACAUAAGAUAUAACAACAUAAUGUAAUUAUAGAAAAGCAUAAUUAAAUUUAUGUGCUGCAUUCACAUGUAUCUCUAUUGAAUUUCAAUGUAGCCCCGGGGGUUUUGAUAAUUAUACCAUAGUAAUAAAACUUGUGAACACAAUAAAAAUUAGAGACUUCUUAAUUUUGUUGAUGCAAUUUAUUUAGUAUACGUUUUAUCUAAGUUUGUAACCUUUUUUAAUUUUAUGUGAAUAAAUUUAUUUUGAAACUA